GUUCACCUAUUUGUCGACAAAACCCAGCCGGUCAGCUGGAAUAAGGCUGCUUUUGAGCAGCUCGUUCUUCCCAAACGAACGAAGAACAUCAUCAAGGCCUUGGUCAUGGUCAGGAGACAGUCUUUCAAAGACUCAGGCUCAGGUGUUCAAAUCGGGCUAAAAGGAGGACACGACGACAUCAUUGCAGGGAAAGGCAGUGGGCUUAUCAUGCUUCUACAUGGUGGUCCUGGCACUGGAAAGACUCUAACAGCCGAUGAGAUCCUAAGGAACAAACCUCAUGACAUGAAUGAGAUGCCCCUUUACAGCGUUACUUGCGGCGACAUUGGAACAAACCCAGAUGCCGUCGAGAAGUACCUCAACUCCGUUUUACACCUUGGGAAGAUAUGGAACUGCGGUCAGUUGACUCCGCCUUUCUCUUCCUGGAGACUAGCAAUCCACUCACACAGCACAUACACAGUUCUCCUUCUCGACGAGGCCGAUAUCUUUUUAGAAGAGCGUACACUCCAGGAUCUGCAGCGCAAUAGUCUUGUAUCGGGUGCGUCUAACAACUUGGAGUGGUAUCCCGCAGCCUUCAAGUCCCGUAUCCAGCUCGCCCUCCGCUACCUGCCUCUUGACGCCCCUAGUCGGCGCAAAAUCUGGCUCAACUUUAUCAACAUGCUUGAUGGCAACGACGAGAGAAUCGAUGUUGGCGACAUGAAAGCCCACAAGGAUCAACUGGCUGGGUAUGAGCUAAACGGUCGUCAGAUUCGCAACGCUCUCACCACCGCUCGUCAACUCGCAAUCUUCGAACAGGAGAUACUGGAUUGGGACAGGGUCAAAAAUACGAUUGAGGUGUCGGCUGAUUUCACGAGGUACAUCAAGGAGGUUCAUGGUCAUACGGAUGAGGAGUGGAGCCGGGAUAACAAUAUUCGCUGA